AUGUCAAAGGGUCGAGGCGCCGUCGAUCAGAUCGUGAAGCUGAUUGUGGGAGCUGGGCAGGCUAGCCCUAGCCCUCCUGUUGGUCCUGCUCUCGGUUCCAAGGGUGUGAAGUCUAUGGACUUUUGCAAGGAAUUCAACGCACGAACUGCACAUAUUAUCACCGGAACACCAAUGCCUUGCCGAGUUACCGUCCGCGCUGAUCGAUCAUUUACCUUUGACGUCCGAACACCGCACACCUCAUGGCUUCUCCUCAACGCCGUCGAAGCUCCCAUGGGAAAGAAGGGCAAGCGAAAGGGUGUCAGCAAACCCGGACAUGAGACUGUCGGCACUCUAUCCCUCAAGCACAUCUACGAGAUUGCAAAGAUCAAGCAGACUGAGCUGCGACUUUCAGGUCUACCUCUAGAGGGACUAUGUAGAUCGGUCAUUUAUCAAGCGAAGACGAUGGGAAUUGAAGUGGUGGCUUAA